AUGUCGGAACACAUUGAAAGUAAUAACAAAAAUCAAAAAUCAAAAAUAUCAUUAGAUCAAUUAGAACAAGCCCAAAGACCAACCUCAUCCUAUUUAAACAGUCAGAAAGAAAAGGAAAAAGAAAAAGAUAAAGAGAAAGAAAAAGAAAAAGAAAAAGAAAAAGAAAAAGAAAAAGAUAUUAUCCUUAUUGAAGAAAAAUCACAUACUAUAUCUCAACCACAACCACAAUCACAAUCACAAUCACAACCACAACUGCAACCGCAAUUACAACAACCACAACCAAAACUUCAAUCACAGUCACAAUCACAUCUCAUAGAAUUGGAUAAUGAAGAUAUUAUAACAUCUUCACCAUUAGAGGAUAAUAAUGUAAAUAAUAAAGAGAAUUUAAAUACCCCAGCGAGCCCAAUUAAUAAUGUAAAUAAUAAAUCUGAAGAAUUAAAUUGUAAUAUUAAUAAUAGUGGAAGUAACUCGCAGCAAUCCAAAGUAAUAGUUUCAAAGUGUAUAAUUUGUAAUAUAUCAAUUGCAUCAUUAACCAGAGAGGAAAAAGAAAUUCAUAUUAAUCAAUGUUUGGAAAAUUCCAGCCACAAUAAAACCAAUAUUUGCAAAAUAUGUUCAAAAGAUUUAUCAAAUUAUUCAAAAAGAAAGCAAGAAGAGCAUAUUGAUAAAUGUAAAAAAUCAAAAGAAAAUCAAGAGCAUUGUUUAAUUUGCAAUAAAGAUUUAUCAAAAGUUUUGAGCGAUGCCAGAAUAGUACACAUUAAAAACUGUGCAAAAAAGAAUAAACUUCCAACAAGCGAGCUUUUAUCUCUAUAUGAAAAUAAUGAUCAACAGCCAGCUAAUAAGAAUUCAGUAACAACAACAACGACAACAACAACAGCAAGUAAAAAGAAAUCUAAAACUAAUAAAUCUUCAAAAAUAAAUAACAAUGGUUUAAUAACAUCAAAUUUUUUUGGUAAUAAUAACAAUAGCGAUAAAGACUCAAGUGAUGGCGGUGUAAAUAAAAAACCAUCAAAAAAACAACAUUCAAAAAAGACUAUUCAAAUUUCACAAGAUAAACCAUUUUUUGAUGAUGAAGAUCAAGAAAAUUAUCAAUAUGCCCAUGAAGAAACAAAGAAAAAGAGCAAAAACGAAGAUAAUGAUGAAGAAUAUCAAGAUCAAUUAAAUAUGGCCAUGGCACUUUCAGAAUCAAUGUCAAACUGUUCAUCGGCAUCAGUCGAAGUUUCAUCAACACCUCUAGACUUGGCUGGUUUUAAAAUCCCAACUAUAAACCCAGUAUCAGCAAACAGCAAUAGAAAACUUACUCUUACCAAUACCCCUACAACCACCUCAAGUAGUAGAAAUGACAUAUCUUCAAGAGUUGCUGAUAUUAUAUUUCCCUCAACAAAACAAAAUAAGGAUGAUGAGUUAAUUCAAUCAACACCAAAAUUUUCAACAAGUAAGCUUUCAAAAAAAUUUACACCUCAAAAGAACUCUUCACUUUGGGACAUCUCUAAAUUUCGUGAUGAUAACAAUGAAAAUAAUAGAUACUAUUUAGGAUCUCAACAACCAUUAGAAACAAAUAAUAAAGGCAAAUAUCUUUAUGACGACCCAACCAGUAACGAACCAAACAUCUCUGAAAAUGAGGUUGAUGAAAGAAUUAUUGACAGAGGUAUCAUUAGCAAUAUUAGCGGUAAUGAGAAAGAUAGUGUAUUGGAAAUAAAUGCAUCUGAUGACAGUAAACCCAAUUCAAAUAAAGAAAAAGAAGAAAAGGAAGAACAAGAGGAAGAGGAAGAGGAAAACGAUGUAAAAAAAGAUAAUGAAGAGAAUCAAGGGGACAAAGAAACCUGGGACUUUGUUGAUGGGCACCCAUCAUCACUAUAUGAAGAGCAAUCUCCAAGUUUUGAUUAUAAUGUAAAUACAAAGACAGACAAUAAUGAGCAACCACACUCUGAAAAAACACAAGAUCAUCCAUCAUCAUACCAAAUACCAAUGGGAUAUAAAUCUUCAGUUAAAAGACCAAUAUCACCAAAACAAUCAAUCAAUAUCUCAAUUAUAGAUUUAAAUAAUCAAAACAAUAGCAAAGAUAUAAAUAAAUUUCUAAAUGAAUUAAAUAAAAUAACCGAUAAAUACUCGACUAUAAUCAAUAGAGAAAGAGAAAGAGUUACCAAAGAAAUCGAAUCAUUAGAAAAAGAAUUCUAUUGCAGUUUAGGUAGAUUUACAGUCGAAAAAGAAAUGGCGAUUGAUGAACUUAAAAAACAAUUUAAUAUAAACACCUCAUUAAUAUUAAUAAAUGAUAAUAGUAGCAAUUUAAAUGAUUAUAAACUAAACUCAACUAAUAUUCCAAUUUUAACAGAUUUAAAUCAAACAUUUAAAAUAUCUAAUCGCCUCAAUAAAAGAAAAAACAAAAAACAUAAAAAGAGAUCCUAUGAAGUUUACAGCAACUCGAGCUUUUCUAAUGAAAGUGAAAACGAAAGUGAAAGUGAAAGCGAAACUAGUAGCGACAGUGAUCACCAUAAUAGACCUUGUCAUCAUCUUCAAAGAAAAAAAAGAAAAAGAAAUAAAGGUAAAAAAUUAAAAAAAAAUAAAGGUUUAGAUAUUGAAAAAGAAAAAGAAAAAGAAAAAGAAAAAGAAAAAGAAAAAGAAAAAGAAAAAGAAAAAGAAAAAGAAAAAGAAACAAUAGUAAAUAUAAUAAAACAAAAUAAUAGCAAUAUCAUUGAUGAUAGUUUUGAAUUCAGUUUAUCAACAUCCUUUAAUAAUAAAAUUAGCAAUAACAAUAGCAAUAAUAAUAGCAAUGACAAUAGCAAUACUAAUGACAUUGGUAGCUCAUCAUUCGAUUUUGGCCUUGAUGAUGAUGGAAUGGAUCAAUUUGGUGCCGGUGGUUAUGAUAAAAAUAACUCUAACAAUUUUAAUGAUGAUGAUAUAUUUGAUAAAACAAAUAAAUCUCAAGAUUCAUUUUCACCAAACAAACAACUUAUUUCACCACCAAAAAAUCAAUCACACUCAACUGCAUUAAUAACAACAACAAAAAAUAAUGGUUUGAAUAUAAGAAUUCCAGCCAUAUCUUCAUCAAAAUUAUCAAAAUCAAGUAUUGUAAAUACUCCAUCAUCUUUACCAUCACCCAUACAAAAACCACAAGCUAUUGUACCAAUAAAUAAUAAUAAUAAUAAUAAUAAUAAUAAUAAUAAUAAUAAUAAUAAUAAUAAUAAUAAUAAUAAUAAUAAUAAUAGCAACACCUCAAAUAAACCAGAUUAUGAAAAAAUGACAUUAGCAGAAUUAAAACACAUUGCAGGUAAAAUUGGUAUUAAAACAAGUGGAAAAGAUGCAAACAAAAUAUUUUUUGUUCAAAAACUUUCUCAAAUUUGCAAUAUCAAAAUAAUCACUGAUUAA